UCACUGCGUGGAAGGGGUAUAUUGAGAUGUUCCUUUACUCCCACUGACUUUAGACUUUCGUUUUCUAUCGCUCAACAACGGCGGCAGCAAAGUUGUUAAAAUAGGAAGCGACCUCAGGAAAGAAGUCCGGCCUCGGGGAGCCGCCUGAAGAAAAAGUGACUAAGCUGAGCAAUGCUAAUGAAGGGGGAUGGUGAGAGCUGAGGGUGCGCUGAAGUGUAGGAAUUCCUCGCGCUCCGGAGAACUCCGAGGAGGGGGCGGGGCUUAGGGCGUUCGCAGCCUGGGGAGGCGGGUCAGUGGUCGCUACCGGACUCCGCUUGCGCGUGCGCGAUGCGCACCUUCCCAGCGCUGUUUUCUGCUGCAACAUGGAAUUAAGCGCCGCGCGGCAAACAAUACUGCAACUACUUCGUACCGUGGCUCCGGCCGACCGCCCAGCGCUGCUCGAGUGGAUGCGAACUUCCCGAGAUUUUGAUGAGUUCACUCACGAUAAUAAUGACAGUAUGUUGAAAAGCAUAGCAGAAGAUCUUCGGAAUUGCUUACCUCUAGAAACCAUGCUUUCCUCAGAACAUCUAGCCCUCCAAAAAAUCCAGCAGCGGCCAGAACCCACAGUUCAUGUAGAUGCAUUCCUUUAUGAUGAAGAUUCUAUUGACUCAUUAUGUGAGGAAGGAAAAAUGAGCAGAAACUAUUGUGUGGUGUGUGGCUCAUACCAGACAGCACCUUUAGGUCAGCACUCAAGAUUUAUUUCUCAUUCCUUCUCUCUCAUGGAAUUGAAGUUCAUUUACCAUCACGUACUCCCUGAUCUGUCGGGAAAGCUCUUGGUUGACGUCGGCUCCAGGCUUGGCACAGUCCUUUACGGGGUAAAGUCCAGCUUAUGGACAUACUCAACAUUUGGAAAAUACUUUCUUCUCCUGCUAACAGCAGUUUUGCCUGCCACCAUCCAAGGUUAUCUUUACAGUUCAGCAUUGCAACUGUAUGGAGUAGAAUUGAAUGGAGACUUUUGCCAGUUGCAGGAGAUUAUCAUAAAAAAGUACCAGUUCACUGACAGAAUAAAGGUGCUUCAUGCAGACAUCUGUACCCAGGAUUCACUUCUGCAAAAUGCUGAUGUUAUUAUAAUGAAUAACGUCUUCGAAUAUUUUCUUGAUGAGGCAGAACAGGCCAGAGCCUGGGAAUGUAUCAGCCAUAACGUAAGGAAACAAGGAUCGUUACUGGUGACAGUACCAAGUCUUGAAGAGUCUCUCUCAGGUCUUCAGGUUAGUAUACAGUUAUCUUCCUGGGUUGAAGAGGUACCACUGAACUAUGAUGUAUACCCAGAAAAGGAUAUUAACAGGGAAGCUCUUGAACAAAUACAUUUAUAUAAGAUUCUCUAGCACUAAAAUAGUCCUACUGCAAUAUAAUGUUUUUUGAGUAUUACAAAAUAAUGAAAAAGAAACAUAACCCCAACACCCAAACACCUAUUUUUUGUGUGUAUUCCUUUCUAGUCUUUGUACAUGUUUACAUAUUUAUAAAUAGUUGCAUUUGUAUAUUUGUAACUUUGAUUUGUGUGAUAAUUUAAUUAAAAUACUUACCUGAAAA